CCAACUCCGCCUUUUUUUCAAAAUACAACCAAAAAGGUAGACAAGCUGAGGAACAACAUCUCUUUGUCGCCCAAUAUGAAGACUACUUGGAAAGACAUCCCACCGGUUCCCACGUCGCAGGAGUUUCUCGAUAUCGUUCUAUCGAGAACUCAGCGACGUUUGCCUACUCAGAUUAGAUCGGGAUUCAAGAUCAGUCGUAUCAGAGGAUUUUAUACUCGAAAGGUCAAAUUCACCCAGGAAACCUUCUCGGAAAAGUUCGCUCAGAUCCUCGAGAGCUUCCCCCGACUCCAGGACAUCCACCCAUUCCACAAGGAUCUUCUAAACACUCUCUACGAUGCCGACCACUUCAAGAUCGCGCUCGGUCAUCUCUCAACCGCAAAGCACCUUAUCGAAACAAUCUCAAGAGAUUACGUGCGACUUCUCAAGUACGCCCAGAGUUUGUUCCAAUGUAAGCAGCUCAAGAGGGCCGCGCUUGGUCGGAUGGCCACCAUCACCAAGCGAUUAAAGGACCCUCUACUAUAUCUCGAUCAGGUCCGACAGCAUCUUGGCCGACUUCCUUCCAUUGAUCCUACAACCCGUACCCUCCUGAUCUGCGGAUAUCCCAACGUCGGCAAGUCGAGUUUCUUGCGCAGCAUAACCAGAGCCGAUGUAGAUGUUCAGCCCUACGCUUUCACCACCAAGAGCUUGUUUGUCGGUCAUUUUGACUACAAGUACCUUCGUUUCCAGGCUAUCGAUACCCCCGGUAUCCUCGACCAUCCUCUCGAAGAGAUGAACACAAUCGAGAUGCAGUCGAUUACUGCUAUUGCUCAUUUGAGAUCCGCUAUCCUCUACUUUAUGGAUCUUUCGGAACAAUGUGGCUACUCUGUUGCUGCGCAAAUGCAACUAUUCAAGAGCAUCAAGCCCUUAUUCUCAAACAAGCUAGUCUUCAUUGUCAUUAACAAGAUUGACAUCCUAAGACCCGAAGAGUUAGACGAGAAGACCAGUGGCGAACUCCAGGCAUUGGUGUCCUCUGGUGAGGUAGAGCUGCUCCAGCUUUCCUGCAACACGCAGGAGGGCGUGCAGGAAGUCAAGAAUGCCGCUUGCGAGCGACUUCUCGCGGACAGAGUUGCUCAGAAGCUGAAGGCUGGUACAUCAAACAGCGGUGCUAUUGGUAGCAGACUGGCAGAUGUGAUGGCCAGAAUCCACGUGGCCCAGCCUAUGAAUGGUGUAACACCGGAGCCCUUCAUUCCUGAGGCCGUGAAGAACCUCAAGAAAUACGAUAAGGAGGACCCUGAACGUCGCAAGUUGGCCCGUGACAUUGAAGCUGAGAAUGGCGGCGCUGGUGUGUUCAACGUGGAUUUGAGGGCUGAUUACAUUCUUGCGAACCCUGAAUGGAAACACGACAGAAUACCCGAGAUUUACGACGGCAAGAACGUCUACGACUACAUCGACCCUGAUAUCGACGCCAAGUUACAAGCGCUAGAGGAAGAGGAAGAGAAACUGGAGGCUGAAGGCUAUUACGACUCGGACGAGGAGAUUGAUGAUGCAGAGGAAGCGGAUAUCAGAGUGAAGGCAGAGAUUAUCCGAGAGAAGCAGGCGCUGAUUCGGAACGAAGCGAGAAUGCGCAGAGUCAAGAAUCGUGCUGCCUUACCCCGCAGCGCUAUUAAGAAACCCCUGUCUCAGCUUGAGGACACUCUUGACGAGAUGGGUGUUGAUACUCAAGACUUGCAACUCAGGGCGAGGUCGCAGACAGUGACUCGUGGACGUUCUCUUACCAGGAGCCGCCUCGGCACUGAAGAUUCUAAUGCUAUGGAUAUCGACGAGACACCUAGAGAAAGACUACGCUCCAAGAGCCGGGCAGCAAGCCGGGCGAGAAGCCAACCGGCGACAAACAGACGCGAGGAUGGUGUUCAGGAUGAGGAGACGAGAACAAAGGCGGAGAGGCAGGCUAAGCUAAGCCAGAGGAAGAUGAACCGCAUGGCCAGACAGGGUGAGGCUGAUAGGCACAUUGGCGCCUCGCUACCUAAACACUUGUUCGCCGGCAAACGAACCAUGGGCAAGGCGUCGCAUCGUUAAGGAAUGGUUUUCAACUACCCCGGGUCUGUACAUAAUUGGUUCUUUUUCAAUGGUAUAUCGUAUAUCAGGUUUGUUUUGUUCAGGCGUUUAGGACGGAUAUGAUAGUUGCUAAAGACAUGCUCUAUCGCGUUUACGACUAGUUUAGCCGAGUCAAUCGAUAACGAGAAUAAGUCUA